AAUAAAAUAGAAUAGUCGGCCGUACGUGACACUAGAAUCCCAACCCCAUCAACUCGUGCACUGGAACGAAGCUAGGCGUUAUUCUCAAUUGAUUUGUUCUAUUUGUUUUCAUAAUGGAUCACAAUGAAUGCACAUGGCGCAAGGUAACGGCUUAAAUUGGAUGGGUUUUACGCAGCGUAGAAUGAAGUUACCAUGGAGACAGACCCAACAUCCGAAAUCUUGUGGUACAUCUAACGAACGUUAUCUCCAAUAGGUAACCCCAAAAAUACUUUAGAAUCUGUUUUUUUGUUUGGUUUUAAAACCACCAGCCUAACUUGAACAAAACAUAUUUACGCACAAGGAGAAUAACUGUAAAGAGACUUUUGAAAUGAGCAGCCGUGAAAUGGAGAGAAGGACGGGGACUCUAAAUUCAUUUCUCCGGUCCGCUAUUCUGUUGGGGCUGCUCCAGAUAGGCGCACUGGAGGCGCGGAGGCUGCGGGGCAGCCGGGCGCAGCCGCGUCCCGCGCAGCCGUCCCCGGCGUACAGGGACCGGGCAGAGGGGGCCGAGAGCUUUCCGUUAGAUUUCACGGCCGUGGAGGGGAACAUGGAUAACUUUAUGACCCAAAUAAAGAACUUGGCGCAGUCGUUGUACCCGUGCUCCGCUCAGAAGCUGGAUCAGGACAUGAAGCUACACUUCCUGGAGAACACGUCCGUCACGUGCAACGACGGGUCACCGGCAGGGUACUACCUGAGGGAGUCCAGGGGCAGUAAGAGAUGGCUGGUGUUCCUGGAAGGCGGGUGGUACUGUUUUAACAAGCUCACGUGUGAUGGUCGCUAUGAGACCAUGAGAAGGCUCAUGAGCUCCACCAAGUGGUCGCAGACCAGAACAGGUACAGGGAUCCUCUCUCCUCUGCCAGAGGAGAAUCCACAUUGGUGGAAUGCCAACAUGGUGUUAAUCCCAUAUUGCUCCAGUGAUGUCUGGAGUGGAGCCACACCCAAAACAGACCAGAGUGAGUAUGCUUUCAUGGGGUCUCUGAUCAUCAGGGAGGUGGUGAACAAGCUCCUGACUAAAGGUCUGGACAAAGCCAAGGUCCUGCUGCUGUCUGGGAGCAGUGCGGGCGGCACCGGGGUGCUGCUGAACGUGGACCGCGUGGCAGAGCAGCUGCUGCUACAGGGUUUCCCAGAGGUGAGGGUCAGGGCCCUGGUGGACUCAGGCUGGUUCCUGGACAACAAGCCCUACAGGAAGACAGCCUGCCUGGACACCAUCAGCUGCGCCCCCACAGAGGCUGUGGAGAGGGGGAUCAGGUACUGGGGAGGGGUGGUUCCUGAGGCCUGUAGACAAGUCCAUAGAGGAGAGGAGUGGAACUGCUUCUUUGGAUAUAAAGUUUUCCCCACCAUACAGAGUCCAGUGUUCCUGGUCCAGUGGCUGUUUGACGAGGCCCAGCUAAUGGUGGACAAUGUUCACCUGGCGGGGCGCCCCCUGCUGGAGACACAGUGGAGAUACAUCCAGACCCUGGGGCAGCAGCUACGACACACACUCCAGGACGUGCCGGCCAUGUUUGUUCCUGCCUGUCUGUCUCAUGAGACCAUCACCAAGAGUCAUUGGCUGGACAUCCAAGUCCAAGGCACCUCCCUCCCCAGAGCCCUCCACUGCUGGGACCGCAGUCUCCACGCCAACGCCCGUGGCAACGGCAGCCAUGGCAACCACCACAACAACCACCAAAAACACUCCAAGGCCCCACCCCUGAGGGGCUGUCCCAUGCAUUUGAUUGACAGCUGUCCCUGGCCCCAAUGCAACCCCACCUGCCCCUCGGUCAGGGACCAGCUGACGGGGCAGGAAGUGGGCGUGAUGCAGUUCCUGAAACAUCUGGGCUUCGACGUGCAGAAGGUGGCGCAGCAGCAGGGCCUGGACCCAGGGAGGCUACUGGGCAUGCUCAAUAACGGCAACUAG